AUGGGCGGAGGCGGGAGCAAGCCCAAGCCCAAACCCCAGUCCAAGCCCAAGCCCAAGCCCAAGCCUACUGCCACGCCGAACACCGCCAUCGCCACCGCCACCGCCACCGCCACCGCUACCCCGACUACCGCUUCCCGGCGUCCCAUCGUCCUCGACUCGUCCUCCGAUGACGACUUUAUGGCUCCGCCGCCAAAGGUUGUUGCCACUGCGCCUAUGGCAAAGUCCGCCAACAAGCAAAAGCGGAAGGCUGUGCCCAUCUCUAUCGUUCCCGUCGGGCCGAGAUCAGCGCCCAUCAUCCCGGGCUCAUCGCGUCCACCGUCAACAGGUAAGGCACGCCCGCCGGUCCGCAUCGCUCCGAAAGCGUCAUCAGCAUCGCCAUCGCCGUUGCCAUCUUCAGCCAAGCCUGCACCCAAGCCGGCAGCAGCCAAGCCUCAGACAUCCAAGCCGGCAGCAGCCAAGCCUCAGACAGCCAAGCCGGCAGCAACCAAGCCUCAGACAGCCAAGCCGGCAGCAACCAAGCCUCAGACAGCCAAGCCGACAGCAGCCAAGCAUCAGGCAUUCAAGCCACCCACAGCCAAGCCACCCGCGCCCAAGACAACCCAAUCGGCGCCGCCGAACCUGCUCCCGCCUCCCAAGUCGACGAUUGAUGUGGUGGCGGCGGGCGCGCCCAAGUUCUCGGAUGUGGGCGUGACGGCGUCAUUUGACGAGACGGUGGUGCUGGACAAGGCCGGCGUUCCCAAGGGCAAACCGUACUGUAUGCAGGGCUUGCACAUUUGCGUCACCGGCCAGCUGCGCGCCCUCGAGCGAAAUGCCUUCCACGACCUUGUCCUUCGCUACGGCGGCAAGCCGGCCAAGUCGGUGACCAAGAAGCUCCACUACCUGGUCAUCGGCGAGGCUCCCGGCGAGGCCAAGCUCAAGAAGGCCAAGGCGCAGAACGUGACUAUCCUCUCUGAGGACGACUUCUUUGCCUGGUAUCCCACCUUGCCCGAGCAGGCGUACGCGCCGUCCAAGACGACCAAGGCCAAGACAAGCAAGGCGGCACAGGCGUUGGCGAGCCGGGCAUCUGCCCCGACCUCGGCUGCACGCCCGACCUCGCUCCCGGCCACGGCCAAGGCUGCCGUCGAUCCGUCGAGCCAGCUAUGGACGGUCAAGUACGCGCCGCAGACGGUGGGCGACUUGGUGGGCAACACGACCAAGAUCGAGAACCUCUCGCUGUGGCUGGCCAACUGGCACACCGCCUUCCGCUCAGGCGUGGCAGUCAAGAUCAAGAACUCGAGCGGUAAGCCUGUUCCGCUCAAGUCGCGGGCGGUCCUCCUCUCGGGCCAACCCGGCAUCGGAAAGACGUCGGCCGCGCUGCUGGUUGCCCGUGCCGCCGGCUUCCACCCGAUCGAGUUCAACGCAUCGGACACGCGGUCGAAGACCUCGCUCCGGGCGCACGUCAAGAGCCUCACCGAGAACAAGACCAUGCAUCAGUUCUUUGGCGGUGCGAGCACGGCACGGGAGACCAAGAAGCAUGUGCUCAUCAUGGACGAGGUCGACGGUAUGUCGUCCGGCGACCGUGGCGGCCUCGCCGAGCUGGCCGCCAUCAUCAAGACCACCAAGGUUCCCAUCAUCUGCAUGUGCAACGACGCGGCGUCGCCCAAGAUGCGGACGUUCAAGAACCACACGUACCUGCUCCCGUUCCAGCGCCCGACCGCGGCGCAGAUCAAGCACCGGGUCGUCUCCAUCGCCGCCGCCGAGGGCCUCGCCCUCGAGCCGGCCGCCGUCGACUCGCUCGUUGCGCAGACCGGCGCCGACAUCCGGCAGAUCCUCAAUCUCAUGCAGAUGUGGGCUGUCGACGCCCAGAUUGUCAACUACGAGACGGUGCAAAAGACGCUCGCCACAGGCGGGAAGAACAUCGACCGCGGCCCGUUCCAGCUCAUGGAGGACUUUCUCAAGGGCGACAACUUUCGAGCGCUCGGCGCCAUGGGCUGCCUCAACGCGUACUUUGGCGACCCGUCGCUCGUCCCGCUCCUUGUCCAGGAGAACUACCUGUCAACCCGCCCGUUCCAGGCCCAGCCGGGCAACCCGAUCCGGACCUGCGACAUGAUGAAGCGCUCUGCCGACGCCAUCGCCUACGCAGACAUCCUCGAGACCCGCGCCCGCUCGGUCCAGUCGUGGAAGUACAUGCCCAUCCACGCCGUCCUCUCCUGCGCCGUACCGGGCUUUUACAUGCAUGGACACAUGCAUCGCCCUGCCUUCUCCGCCUGGCUUGGCAAGUACUCCAAGGCCACUCGCCUCUCGCGCCUCAACCGUGAGCUCACCAUCCACAUGCGCCUCCGCAUCUCGGCCUCGCCCGAUGCCGUCGUCUGCGACUACCUGCCUACUCUCGCCUCGCUCCUCGCCCUCCCGCUCGCCCACGAGACCGGCGUCGACGCCAUGAUCGAGCGCAUGGCCUACUACUAUCUUACUCGCGACGACUGGUCGAACAUCAUGGAGCUCGCCGCUCGCUCGCCGAAGCUCAAGGCUACCACCUCGUCCAUCUCUGGCAAGACCAAAGCCGCCUUUACCCGCGCCUACAAGAAGCGCGCCGCAUCCCUCGCCCUGCCGUACACCACUGCCGCGACCACAAAAGCCGUGUACAAGGGCGGCAAGUCGGACGGGAAGAAGGCGCCCAAGCCUGUCCUCCCGCUCUCGGACGACGACGACGACGACGACGCAAACUCAUCCGUUCGACUUUGA